CGGUUUCCGCCCCGGCCCCGCCAUCGCGGCCGCCCCGGCGCGGCCCGAGCAUGUCCCGGGUGCCCGUGGGGAAGGUGCUGCUGCGGAACGUCAUCCGGCACACCGGAGCGCACAACAAGCUUCAGGAAGAGACAGAAAUGUGGAAAAUAAGGGAGUGGGAGAAGCAGACAGAAGAGACUUACUGGAAAAGGCAAAGCAGAAUGCUGUCAGACACCUCCAGCAGUCGGAUGCGCAGCGAUGGCUUCGAUGAGGAGGGACACAGGGCUGAGUGGAAAACAAGGAACCCCCAAUUCCUUGACCUGGUGGAAGAUGAUCUCCUCAGGGCCCGAUCCUGGAAUAAAAAGCUCUACGAAUGUGAAGCCAACAUGCCAGACAGGUGGGGGCACAGUGGGUAUAAAGAGCUGUACCCUGAAGAAUUUGAUACAGACAGUGACCAGCAAGAAGGAGAUGAGCAAAACGCUGUCAAUGGGAAGAAGAAAUCCCACCUGGGGAAGCAAACUGCCCGUGAGUCCCACAAGAGGAAAAAAACAAAGAAAUCCCACAAGAAGAAGCAGAAAAAGCGCUCCCACAAAAAGAGGAAGAAAAAGAAAAAGGAGCAGGGGAAAACUUCCACAGAUUCCUCCCGGGAGAGCGAGUGCUCGGCAGAGGAGACUCCAAGCACCCGGAAAGGAAAACACAAGCGCAAGAAAAAGACCAGGAAAGUGCCUGCCAAGGAACCUACCUCUUCUUCUGGGCAGGACAGUGACUUUUCCCAUGCAAGCAGCUCAUGCACCAGCAGCUCUGAGGACAGUGAGUCUGAGGGGAGGAAAGAGAAACGGCCCCCAAGGAAGAGGAAGAAACGUCCCAGCUCCGCGUCGGAGCGGCAGAGUGAAGUGCCAGAGAAGAGGAGCAAGAGGAAGAACUGGAAGGUGGCGGGUGAUGAGAAGUCUGAGGACAGCUCAGAUGAGGACUGACGGGUCUGGGCUGCAGCUCAAACUGUGAGGGGGAGGACAGGGUCAGGUAUUUAUUGUUCAGCACUGCCCCAUGGUACAACUUGUCCCA